AUGAAGAUCUCGAUAAUGGAAGAGUUGUGUCAGAAUGUUGCAGUAUAUGUGACGGUAAUUACCGCGGUAUCAGCAGGCCAGGUCUACAUAAACCAGCUGGUUGACCAGGCCCUCACUCAGCCCGACUAUCCUUCAGAAGUCUAUCAGCAGGAAUACCCCGCGUAUCAUCCGCAGCCGUUUGUCCCUAACCACCAGCCGGAGAAGGAGGCUAGGAUCCUGAGCUACAUGUCCCAGAACCACGGUCAUGCCUAUCAAUAUGCUUACGAGUCGGAAAAUGGCAUAAAAGCACAAGAAGUUGGUCAAGACGAGGGUUCCGGGAAAAAAGUCCAAGGCUCCUACUCGUACAAGGGUGACGACGGUCAGGUCUACGAGGUGUCUUACAUUGCUGAUGAGCACGGCUUCAGGGCAGAAGGGGCUCACCUACCGACGCCUCCGCCUAUCCCAGAAGCCAUCCUGAAGGCUUUGGAGACAAACGCGAGAGAUGAAGCUGCUGGUGUUUUUGAUGACGGUAAAUACCAUGAAGUUACUUACGGAGCUGCUAGCUACAAUCCCCAUUCAUCCCAAGGUCAAAUCGACGAGCAUCAAAUCAACCCAGGUCAAGUCCAAGACCACCAGGUCAUCUCAGGUCAAAGAAUAGAAUCUGCUUACCACGGAUAUCAUUGA